GGCGGCUAUAUAAGGCAGCCCGGGCGCCGCCCCGCCGCCCCAGUCGCUGAGCCGCCGCCGAGAACGCAGCAGCCUCCCCCGCGAGCCCCCUCGCUUCCCGACGCUCCGUCCCCCCCGCCCGCCUUCUCCCGCCGCAGCCUUCCGCAGGCCGUUUCCACCGAGGAAAAGGAAUCGUAUCGUAUGUCCGCUAUCCAGAACCUCCACUCUUUCGACCCCUUUGCUGAUGCAAGUAAGGGUGAUGACCUGCUCCCCGCUGGCACUGAGGAUUAUAUCCAUAUAAGAAUCCAACAGAGAAACGGCAGGAAGACCCUUACCACUGUCCAGGGGAUCGCUGAUGACUACGAUAAAAAGAAACUGGUGAAGGCGUUUAAGAAGAAAUUUGCCUGCAAUGGGACGGUCAUUGAGCAUCCAGAAUAUGGAGAAGUGAUUCAGCUCCAGGGCGACCAGCGCAAGAACAUCUGCCAGUUCCUGGUGGAGAUUGGACUGGCUAAGGACGACCAGCUGAAAGUUCAUGGGUUUUAAGUGCUUGUGGCUCACAGAAGCUUGUGUGAGGAUUUCCUUGCAAUGAGUAGACUUGCCCUUGUGUCCCUUGUCACAAGUUUAAAAAACCUCACAGCUUGUAUAAUGUAACCAUUCGGGGUCCACUUUUAACUUGGACUAGUGUAACUCCUUCAUGCAAUAAACUGAAAAGAGCCAU